AUGAAUGUUAAUAAUUCAAAAUAUGAUUCUAUUCGAAAUAAUUCACAAACAAAAGAACAACUUAUAAUUAAAGGUAUUCAACAAGCAUGGAAUCGUCAAUUUUUAUCUAAUAUUCAUUCAGGUGUUCGAGUUAAAAUACAACAACAAGAAAAAAUUAAAAAUUCAUCAUUUAUUAAACCAAUACAUAAAGAUAUUCAUCAUAAAUCAACAUCAUCAUCAUCAUCAUCGUUUAAACAAUCAAAUCACAUACAAUCAAUGCUUAAACGUUUAUGGAUUGAAUCAGAAACAUCAGCUUUAAGUCAAAAUGGUCAAAAAUCAUUAGAAAAAUGUCAAUAUUCAUCUCAAAAUCAAUCAUUAACUUCCGAUCAAAUAAAAUCUAUUUUAAAUAAUAAUCUUUUGAGAAAAAAUUAUUCAUUAGGAAUAAAUUCUAAAAAUAAAAAUAAAAAUAUGAAUAGUAUUGGUAUACAAACAAAUAUAAUACAACAAAUUGAUCGACAAACAUCAUGUAAUAUUCUUAAAUCAAAAAAAGGUUUCAAUAAGAAAAGUCAUUCAACAUCUUCAUCGACAGUUUCAAUUUCUAAAACAUCAAUAUCAGAUGAAAAUUCAACAUAUACAAAUAGUACUUCAAUAGAAACAUCAACAAUUAGUACUACUACUACUGUUAGUACAAAAGACAAUCAUCAUUAUUAUAAUCAACGCAAUAAAAAUCGAAAUAAUAAUGCUAUUGAUACUGAUAAUGAACAAAAGUUUAAUCAUAUCAAAAUAAAAGAAUUUCAAACAGAAAAAUCAAUCAAACAACAACCGAAUAAUGAACAACUAUUACACGAUAUAAACAUAAACAUGCAAUAUUAUCCUCAACCAAAUUCAUUAACAGUAUUAUCGACAGUAAAAAAACGGUUUUUUACUACAUUCUUUAAUUUAUUUUCUUAUCUUCGAUUAUCACCAUUUAAACGUGACCGAAUUUCUAUAUCAGCAAAUACUAUUGAAACUUCGAAAAUUAUUCAUAUUGAUCGAAAUGAAGAAAAUAAAAAUAUUCGAUUACCAACUUCUCGUUGUCGACGAUCUACAGCUAGAAAUCUCAAUUAUAAUUCAUCAAUCGAACCAGAAAAACAUUAUUUACAAAUAAAAUCCGAAGAAGAUUUAUCAUCAAAAUUUAAAUAUUUAGAUAAAAAAACUUCAAAUAAAUCAAUAGCAAUGAGAAAACAAUAUAGACAAGUUAAUAAUUCGAAUUUAUCUAUGGUUGAUUCUCAAAAAAUUUGUUUACAUCGAUCAAAGAAAAAUUUUAAUAAGAUCAAUAAAAAAAAACAUUCAUAUAAAAAAGAAAAUCAUACUAAUCAACAUUAUGAACAUAAAUAUCGUCAUCGAAAAAAACGAAAACAUAUUCGUACAUCAAAUAGAUCAUCUCAAAAGAAAAUAUUAUCAAAUUCAUCUAUUGAUAUCGAAGUUCAACCAUUAUUAUCUAAUGAUAAUCAUUCAAAAGUACUUGUUGAAGAAAAUAUAAAAUCAUCUAUUUGUAAUAUGGAAUGUCCAAACAAUACUUUUUUAUUAUCAUAUGAUGAUGUCAAACAAACAUCCAAUAUAUUUCCUAAUAAUGAAAACAAUUACUCACAGAAAGAAAUCUUACCUCAUCAACAACAAGAUCUUUCUUUAAAAUCUAUUAAUAAUCAUUCAACAGAAAUUAUUCCAUGUAUAACAAACAAUUCAAUAUUUAAAUCUAAUACAUUACCAUCUUCAUUUGAGAAAAUAUUAAAUAGUAAUAAAGAAUAUUUUUCUCAUUCAAAAGAUUUAAUUCGUUUACAUGUUAAAAAUAAAAAUUUAAUAUCAAAAUUAUCAAAAUCUAAAAUAUCACUUUCAUCUAUCGAUCAUAUUGAUGAUUCAAUAAAAUAUCAUCAAAGAAAUAUAGUCAAUGAAUUUAAAUCAAUUCUUCAACAAACAAAAAAUAUUCAUUUUAAUAAUAAUGCUUUUGAUAAUGAUUUAACAAUUAAUAUUUCUUCUCCAUUAAAAAUCGAUACAGAAAAAAGAUUAAUUUCAAAUAAAUCAAAUAUAGAGUCGAUAUUUUCUUCAAUAAAAAAUCGAAAUGAAAAUAAAUCUAAAAGUCCAUCUACUGUUUCUUCGGAUAGUCAAACAAAAUCAAUUAAAGAUAAUCCUAUGGAAAUUCAUAAAAUAAUACAAGAUCAAAAUGAAAUUAUUCGAGAAGGUGUUGAACAAUUAAUACGUUAUCAAAAAUUAUGUCAAUCAUAUAAAUUAACAAGUAAUAAAGCAGUUAAACAAUUUCUUAUGAAAUCAACUGUUUUAUCUCCAGAAUCUCUUCAUAGAUUAUCAAUUAUUAAUGAACCAAAUUCAACAUACAAAAUAAAAAGAAAAACAAAAUAG